CUGAGGGGGGGUUGGCCUCGCCGGGCAGCGAGACGGGUCGGCUCGCCGUGCGGAUGCCUGUGUAUCCGACCCGCUCUCUAGUCGGUCUUUGGGGUCACCGGGGUGGCGGUCAUUGAGCGAGGGGCGCUGGGGCCGUGCUGAGUCAUGGGGGUCUGGUGUGGCCAUGGCGGGCCCUCGCACUGCCAGAAUUCCAGAGGCACUUCUUCUCUGUUGAAGGAUAGUAUCCCAAUUACUGAUUUUUCAGCUUCAGAAACAUUUGAAGGUCAUGCUCUUCUGCGCAGAGGGUUUAGGACUGUGAAAAGUGAAUUGUUGCCCAGCCACCCUCUGGAGCUGUCAGAAAAAAACUUCCAGUUAAAUCAAGAUAAAACAAACUUUGCUACCCUGAGAAAUAUUCAAGGACUUCAUGCACCUUUAAAGCUGCAGAUGGAAUUCAGAGCAGUGAAACAGGUCCAGCGUUUCCCAUUUCUUCACAGCUCAAACAUGGCACUGGAUACUCUGAGGGGAAAUGAUGAAUCCAUCAGCUUUGAGGAUUUCCUUAAUGGUAAAUACAGUCUGUUUUGAAUGUUAUGGAAACAUUUAAAGGUAACAUUUGGGAACUGUUGAAGUUCUUUGUCUCUGGAAGAAGAGAAUUGAGCGCACAAAAUACAUAUUAAAAAAUUAAUUCCUAGAGUCUCUGUAUGGUUUGAGGGACAGAGCAAUGUCCAACAUAACUUACAGGAAUUUGAUUACUUACUAUUGCCUGAUCAAGCUGUUACAUAUUUACGAAGUGCUAAGGAGUGAGUUUGUUAAAAGUGUUUUUUGGAAAUGUUUUAUUUAUCAGAUGAAGCUGAAUUAGAUAAUUUUAGCAUCUCUGAAGGAAUCAAAGGCAUUAACAUGCCUUAUGUAUGAAAGGAGAACACUCCUGGUGUACCCUUUUCUGCCAAAGUGCAGCCACAACCUUUUUUUUGUGUUGAUUUAUUUUUUUAAAGUUAAUUUUUUCAUAUGGAAAUGAAGAUCAUACUUAAUCAGUGUUAUCUCUUGUGUCCUCUCUGCAUUGCUUGAUAACCUUUGAGUACAGUGACUAAUGUCAACCAUACUUUACAGAAUGAAGAAAAUCUUGGAGGUAUUUAAGGGCAUAGAAUCUGUGAAACUAGGCAGUUAGGUGGAGAAAAGAAACAAGGAUGUCCCAUCAAACAGAAGGAAGGAGUGUGAGCUUAUGUUGGAAAGUGAAAUUGCACUGGAAGGGUAUGGGCUACCUGUGGGGAAAAGCUUCAAGCAGACAUGACUUUUCUUAAAUGCAGAGCAAGCAGUCUUGAGAUCCAGGCGGUAGGAGACUGUGCUUAUAUACAACUACUUGUUUUUUUCUUUAAGUGUGUAGGAAACUCUAUUCCACUCUAGAUGUAUUUGCUACCUGAUCAUUGCUUUGUAUAAGGACGUAGAAGUUAGUUGCGCAACACUGUCAAAAAUCAGUCAAGUAACUUGCACUAAGCAUCACGGGGUGGGGGGGAAAAGAAAAAGGUCAUUUUUGUAGUUAAUGUUGCUCUUUGUAGCUUGGUAAAACCUUCAUGCUGUUGAUUUUUUUUUUUUCCAGAUCCUUCACAGAGUGAGGUUAUGGGAGAACCACACAUGAUGAUGGAAUACAAGCUUGGUUUGUUGUAACAAAAUGUACUCCACAAAAACGUUUUGUGUGUCUUUAUAUUGGAUCUAAAUGCAUGAUACUAAAUUGACACUCACAGUGUUAAACAGUCCUACACUUAUUUGCCUUCCUUGAUGAAAAGGCAUAUUAAAUGUUUAAAGUCUAUAAAGUGUUCUGUGCUUGUUGUCAAUUACAUAAAAUGUCCUGUAAUUAGGUAGUUUAAAUGAUGUCUCUUCAUACACUGCUCAGGACAAUAGCUUCUUAAUUGUGGAAAUGGCCAUAUAUGUGUACAAGAAACCAGAAAUACCCAUGCAUUUUAAAACUGAUUACUGUAGGGAAAUGCAUUUAAUGAAUGUUCUUGCAGAAGAACUUUUUAAGAGGGGGAAAAUAAAAGGUGUUUUCCACUGAAUAACUCUUUGUUCAUGAAAGUUUCCGUACACUUUUUAAACUGUCGAAUAAAAGUUUGCUAUAAAUGCUA